AUAUCCGUACUGUAAAUCCAUUUUACCUACUAGUAGGCUGGGAAAUUAUAAAAUGUGGGGCCAUCUGUUAUGUUGAAUCGAAAAGUCCAGGCCGAUAAGUUAGAAAUCCUAAAUGUCACAUGACAGUGAUAUUGUGCUCCAAAAACAAAUUAAGAUCACCGAUCGACAAAAAAAUGACCGACAUUGACCAAAUAUGCUCUGUCCUAGACAGACUCACCUUAGAUGCUUUAACCUUAAUGGAGGAACAAAUCCAAAUCAAACUCAAUAUCGAAAAUGCAAUGUGUGGGGGUGAGACACAUUUGGCUAAAUCUCGAUACAUUUUGGGCCAAAAUAGUGUCUCCUCAUUACAGCUACCAACAGAAAACAGUCCUGAAUUUGACGCUAUGACUACUGUACAUUUAGAAGAAAGCGAUGAGUUUUUUGGAGAGAAAUCUAGAGAAUUAGAAGUGAGCAAAAAAGAGGACCAGAUUGAUCCUGUUAGGUGGUUUGGGUAUUUGGUGCCACAAGAUUUGUACCAUGCUCAAAGCAUGUUUAAACAGGCUCUUCAGUGGAUUAUUAGGGGCGCAAAUGUCCAAACUAACUUAAUUCAAACUUGUAAUAAAAUCCAACAAUUGAAAGAGUUAAAGAAAGAGGUGUUGGCCUCUAAUUAAAUAUGUACAUAUUUUGCAUAAAAAUAAAGUUACACAAAAUUUG